CGAUGGGGACCUCGUCGUCGCGACCGCCACUGGCGCCUCUGAGCUGACCGCGGCCAUCGGCCACUACUUCCGGGAGUUCUGCAACAUGACGAUCGGGUGGCCUCGCGGCGGCGGCAGCAGCCUCGCGCUGCCCCUCGCGUGGCCGAAGAUAGGCGCUCCCGUGACCCGCUCCCGCAGCGUGCCGUGGUCGUACAUGAUGAACGUCUGCACGCACAGCUACUCGCUGGUGUGGUACGACUGGGCCGACUGGGAGCGGUUCAUCGACUGGAUGGCGCUGUGGGGCGUCAACAACGUGCUCGCCAUGACCGGCCAGGAGGAGGUCCAGUACAAGGUUUUCCGGAAGCUGGGCCUUAACGACACCGAAAUCCGGGGCUGGUUCAACGGCCCCGCCCUGCUCACCUGGAGCCGUGGCCAGAACGAGUACGGCAGCGGGAUCGCGGGGCCCCUGCCCCGGUCUUGGAUGAAGGGCCAGUGGCUGCUGCAGAAGCAGAUCCUGGCCCGCUACCGCGAGCUGGGCAUCGUCGGACAGCUGCCUGGCUUCCAGGGCAACGUGCCCGUUGGCCUCAAGGCCGUCCUGUCGGACGCCAACAUCACCGCCGCGGGCGCCACUGGCUGGAUGGACUCCGUCGACCCGGCGUACGCCGAGGUGGCCGGCGAGUGGAUGCGCACCCUGGUCGAAGACUUCGGGACCGACCACUGGUACCAGCUCGACGGCUACUUCAACGGCGGUACGGCGCCCUGGCUCUCGGGCCCGCGCGAGCACGCUGCCCCGGCUGGCUCCGAGGACGAGGUGCCCGUGGACCCGAGCUGGUUCGAGCGGGGGGCGGCCGCGUUCCGCGGGCUCAACUCGACGGACCCCGCCGCGGUGUGGUCGUUCCAGGGCUUCGCCUUCGAGUACUGGAAGGAUCCGCGACAGGCCUCGUACCUGAAGGGCUUCGUCUCGGCGGUGCCAGCAGGGCGCUUCAGCAUCGUCGACAUGGACUACGGUUCCGGAGAGUGGCAGAAGUUCUCGGAUUGGUGGAACGGGACCGCUCCCUUCUUCGGGGCCCAGUUCAUUUGGACGGCCCUGCACAACUUCGGCGGCACCGACGGCCUCAAGGGGGACCUCCGCAAGGUCAACGCCAUGCCGUUCGCCGCCCUCGAGGCCGGAGGCAACGUCUGGGGCACGGGCUUCACGGGCGAGGGCAUCGACCAGAACCCGGCGUUCUACGACUUCCUGCUCGAGCAGCACUGGCGGUCCGGCCCCGUCCCCGACGUCCCAGGCGCGCUGGCGGCGCGGGCCCUGCGGCGCUACGCCUCCACCGGCGGCGACGGCGCGGGCCUCGCGGCGGCGGCCGAGGCCUGGGUGCUGCUUGGAGCCAGCAUGUACGCGGACGACGUCUCGGUGCAGGACCUCACCGGCGUGGCGCACCUGCCGCCGCGCUCAGGCGCGCAGGACUUCGGCGCCGACCGGCGGACGCCCUCCCGGGAGAUGUGCCUCACCUUCCAGGCGUGGUCGAAGCUGGUGGGCGCCGCGCCGGCGCUGGACGCCGCCCGGGAGCCCUUCCGGUGUUCGAUCCCUAUCCCUAUGUUUAAAGGGAAAUUAGGACACAC